AUGUUUUGGAGCACAACAAUCACGGCGUCGUUGAUGGUAGCAGGGGCGUCUGCUGGCGUUGGAAGAAUGGGCGCCAUGGCACCGAGGAGCAUGAUGGAGGCAAGAAUGGAGGAUGACGCUGCUCCAACCCUGCAAGCAAGACAGAGCAACUCGAUCAACUUGACGCCGGACUCGUCGUCGAUGAACCUCACGCAGUGGAAUACGGAAACAUCGGCACUAUGCACAACAGCCCUAUCGCAACUGGCCGUUGCCUCGAACCCAUCGGGAACAGCCGUGUGUUACAAUAUACCAAGUCUGGACACGAACACCGGCACAUUCAUGGCAGACCUGCGCCUGUUCCAGGUGUCCACGCCGUCGGGCGAGUUCUCGAGCGUUCCUCAGCAGAAUAUCCAGGUCGAGCUACAGUACAACGGUGCGACGGUAUCGGCGGUUAAUGUUUCCACAUCAUCAGUGGCACCUCGCGGCCUGGAGGCACGUGCCGUGAACCCAACACCACUUCAGACGUACAUGUUUGUCGGCCAGAUUGACCAGAAGCAGCUCGCUCAGCCCAUGACAAUGGGCGUCCUCGAGGCACUGGUUAUGCCUACGGUAACGCUCAAGGGGGUCAACACGGGCGGCAAUACUGUCGCCACUAAUGUCUCGUCCAAUGAGGCAGCCUUUGUAAAUGGAGUCUUUUCCAAGGAGACCAUCAUGUCGGAUCUGGCCCUUGCUCAACUGGCCGUCAACGAGGUUGUCGCUGGGCUCAAGAACGGGACUGUGGCAUUCAUCCUCCCCGGCGUCAAUAUCCUCAUUUUCCCCGUCGGUUUGGUAGUCACCGGUUUCUGGACUAUAGCAGGUCUCGCAGUCUACGGUUUCGGCACGUUCCAGCGAAUCAGCUACCGGGAGUCAUACAGACAAAGGAAGGCGAGGGCUGGCAAGGGCAUGACUGGAAGGAUAUAG